UCUCGAUCAUCUGUGGUAAGUCCACGAUACACACAGAAAAAAUAUAUGCGCAUUACAGUCUUGAUCAAAGCCUGCAACGCAAUCUUGUUCUUCAUGAGAUACGAAACCAAAACACCCUCUAACGAGCUUCCUACCGCCCUUUCCGGCAGGUUUAGGCGCCUGAAGAUACGUGAAGACCCCGGUAGCAGCAGUUCAGACACCCUGAGUAACGGUACUUUCCUCCCUGCCGUCGUUAUCUUGAUCGCUGCGGCAGUCCUCGUUGGCGCGGCAAUGCUAUACAAGCAGGAGGUCAAGCGCUACAUAUCAAAUUUAUGGCACCAACGUAAAUCCUUCAGGGCCUAUCUUAAGGCAUUCAGGUCUCCAAAUGUUGGUAACGCAGCCUCUGAGCAGCACAAGAAUGACCCUCAAAUGCCCGCCUCUGCUGAAUCCGCCCCUCAUGACCGGGAUCUGGAUCCGGAGUUGGGAAUUCGCGACAAUGCUUACAAUGUGAAUGUUCGCCAGCCUCGGCAGGUGUAUCUCAAUGACAAUCAAGUCUAUCACGAUGGCGAUCUGCUCAGGGAACAAGGUAUGCCCAGGUGGUGGCGUUGGUCAGCCAUCACAGUCAAUGAGUCGAAUGCGAACAUUUCAACUCAGCCACCAGACUCAGCAUCAAUCUCUUCUAAAAACUCUGUAACUACGCUGACUAGAAAUCCAUGGGGAAUCCAUUCUCCUGCGAACUCACCAUCACCGCCGCGUGCGGCUACUGAGGCGGCCCCCAUGAAUCAAUGGAAUCAUGCUCAAGACAACGAUGCUCAAGCUUCGAGCCUGCCAUCGCCAUCACAGUUCGACAUUGAACCUUCUCUCGAUUGCGCAGAGUCUCAGCCCACUGAUAAUGGCACUGACAGGUCGAACUCGCCGACUUCAACGCUUGUUAGCGGUGAAUCACCUCCACGCCAUGGUCCUGAGAGGAUAAUCUCGCCGUCUCAGACGCUUGUUAGCAAUGAAUCGGUUUCAGUUGAAAGUGAGGAUUUUGAAGAUGCCAAUCUUGAUCGUCUCUCACCGCACUGA